UAUAAAAGUUUCAGCCUCCGAGCCCGCACGAGCGACGAAAUCCACCCAGUCAGCACUCCUGAAGGCCGGGAAUCGCGAACGGAAUGAGCCCCAGAAUCCCCCCCAAAUAGCCGGGAACCCCAAGUGCAGGAGAGCAGUCAGGGCCGUGGGACUCGGGAGGCCAAACACGUCGAGACGAGAUGGACGGCGAGGGCAGGAGGCUCGCGGAGGUCGUCAAAGAAACGCAUAAAAGGCUCAGGAAGCGGUGCAGGCAGGGUGAAGAUGAAGCUGAAGUUUGGAAGGAUCACAUCCAGCAUGAGGAUGUGUUACGUACUUACGCUAGUGCAAUGCAUAAUCUUGCCACUAACCACUGGGAAUCUACACAGCAAAUCAACACCUCACGUGUUACAUGGGUUAACAAUGCUGUAAUACAGUAUUAUCAAAAGGGAGAAAUGACACGUGUAACUCAAAAAGAACUCCGUAAAUUGACAUACCUAGGAUUAGAAACGGAAUGUGAUACUUCAGAUGGUUGUCUUCGGAAAGAGCAUGAGAAAUUGCAGUUGUUGGAUGUUGGCAGCUGCUAUAACCCCUUCUCUGUAUAUGAACAAUAUGAAGUAACUGCAGUUGAUUUGUAUCCAGCCCAGCCAUCUGUUAAACAAUGUGACUUUCUUGAUGUGGAACUAACCGAGGAGGCAACGCCACCAAAAAAUGAAGGAAAGAAUUCCAAUGAAAGUGGGGAGAGAGAGUCUUCAUUAGAGGCUCUAGAAACGGCCUCAGAGAGUGCUAAGAGUGAAGUCGAUAGGGUGGUAAGCUCUGUAGAAAAGGACCAGAAAAGCACCCCAAACAGUGAGUCAGAUGAGAAGAUUGACACUGACUUACAAACCUCUGAAAGUGUAACAAGUAUUAGUAAAAGUGAAAGUGAUGCAAAUGUGAAAGAAAAAGGGAGCGAGGAAAUGAACAAGAAAAGUGAUAAAAGUAACACAAUUAGAUUCUUAAGAAAAGGGUUUUUUGAUGUUGUGGUGUUUUGCCUCCUGCUUGAGUAUUUACCGUCACCCAAGCAGAGAUUUCGUUGUUGUGAAAAAGCUUAUAAUCUCCUCAAGCCUAAUGGUCUUUUGUGCAUUAUAACUCCCGAUAGUAAACAUCAGAAUGCAAACGUACAUCUCUAUAAAUUAUGGAAAAUUACCCUAGGUUUUCUUGGGUUUUCUAGGAUAAAAUACGAAAAGCAAACCCACUUUCAUGGUAUGGUUUUCCGCAAAGGCUUGUGCAAAAGAGCCUGGGAGCUAGAUUCUGAUAGAGAGCUAUCUAGCAUCAAAACCACAAAUGUGAAAAGUAGAUUUGAAACCAUCAGUUAUGACAAGAUUAAAUUUGAGAUGUAUAUACCCCAAGAUUUUCAAGACUUAUCUGAUAGUGAUGAGGAGUUACCUGAAAAGUGUAUGAAAUUGUCAUAGUGAUCAUAUGAGGGAAGUAAUUUUUUUUUUUUUCUUUUUUUUUUUUUUUUUUCUUCCC